UUCCAGUUUUAAAACGUCAAAGACAAAAAACUCGUAAGAGUAUCCCUUAAGUUAGUGCAAAAUCUAGACAACAGUCUAGUAUUAUUUUAUUAAUUGACGUCAUGGCUUUGUACGUGAAAGCCGCGGAGAUCCUGGAGAAAGCAGAGAGGAAACAGGGCGCUCUGAAAACUCUCGUUUACGACAGUAAAUUUCAGAACAUCAAGCAGCUUUUUGCUUUAGUUUGUGAGACCCAGAAGUUUUCCUCCGUCCUGUUGGAUAUAAUCGAGUCUACCAAACUGCUAAAACAGACGAAGCUGAAACUGCACUUAGCUAAAGUGCUCGUGUACGACCUGCUGAUGGGGCAGGGUCUGAAGUGCGGAGGAUCCUUCAAGUCCACCAUGAUGAAGCAUCGCCCCCGACUGCAAGCGGAGCUGGCCCGCAUGAAGGUGAAGCGGAAAGUUAGUAGGAAUGAAGACCUCCUCCCUGUGGAGGCCCAGAUGCCCCCUGGAGAGCAGCUGCCCAGGUAUGUGCGCGUGAACUCCCUCAAGACCACCGUGGAGGAUGUCGUGGACUACCUUAAGAGGGAUGGCUACACCUACCAGGGACAGGCCUCCAGACUGGAUGACUUAACCCUAAAAUCGAAGAACUUUGUGAAGGACAUGCACCUUCCAGAGCUGCUGGUCUUUUCUCCCAAAACAGACUUCCAUGACCAUUUUCUUUACAAAGCAGGUCACAUCAUUCUGCAGGACAAAGCCAGCUGCCUUCCUGCUCAUCUCCUCAACCCUCCGUCUGGUAGCCAUGUCAUCGAUGCCUGUGCCGCUCCCGGCAACAAAACCAGCCACCUUGCAGCCAUCAUGAAGAACAAAGGCAGGCUGUUUGCCUUUGAUUUGGAUGCCAAGCGUUUGGCCACCAUGUCAACGUUACUGCUCCGGGCAGGGGUCACCUGUCAGCAGUUGGCCAACCAGGACUUCCUUAAGGUUAACCCAGACAGUCCACAGUAUAAAGAUGUUGAAUAUGUUCUCCUGGAUCCCUCCUGCAGUGGAUCAGGUAGCGAGUUAUUCGUACGUUUCUACACUAGAUCAGGGGUCUGCAGCCUUAGCCUCUGGAGCCACAUGUAGCUCUUCUAUUUAUUG